AUGCCACAGGAAAUUCCGAUGGCUUUGGACGCCAUAAUCAAACAGCCCAUCACGGAGCAUGAGGCUCCGCCUGCCAUUUUGGCCCGCCUGGCUGCCAUCGGCGCUACCGUUAAUAUGGGCCGUCUGUCCUCAGUGGUGCUUCCUUCGGCUUUGGCGGUGCUGGUGCACGCUUUGCGUGCCAUCGAGGGCCCGGCCUGGGAGGCAACGGCCGAGGCCAUUCAUGCUCGGGCCAAGGAGACGCCCGAUGAUCCGCAAGCAAUCGCUCACAUUCAUAGUCAGGACGAGACUUGGCUCGGUGCCAUUGCCAACCUUGGAUUUGGUGGCAUGUUGAGUGAUGUCACUUCCGACACACUUCAGCUGCUCUCUCAAGGCUGCUUUCAUAUCAUGCAUCGCUGGCCAUGGGCCUCCAUGUCAGCGACUCUCUUACCAACUCUCUGGACGGUGCUGCGCGCCGUUCUAUCCGAUGAAGCGUUGGCCUGCAAUUUGAGCUUUGCAAAUGAAGAUCUGCGCAACAUUAUUGAGGCGUUUUCCAAUGGCCACCUGGACUGGCACACCCGCAUCUCAGCCAGUGGCGUUCUCACAGCUCUGGCUCAAUGCAGCCACCACCAUGACCUUUUACCGGAACUAUGUGGCUUGUAUACGGUUGAAUUGGCCACUGUUUCUGUGGAGCGCCUCGAAUUUUUGCAUGCCAUCUUUUCUGGAUUGUGUGAGGCCUUUGCCGACACCCGUGCCAACGAACUGGUGGCAAGCACAGGCUUGAUGAGUGUCAUGCACAAGUGUGUUGAGCAGCUGCGUGCGAUGGAGCGUGGUGCAUCACCUGAGGCUGCUGAGGGCAUUGAGGCAUGUUGUAAUUUGGCACAACAAUUUUCCGAGCUCAAGAGUCAGCAAUAGAGUGAUUAGAGAACAGCGAUUCCUCUCAUGUCGGCAGCAGAACGUGUAAUUGAGUCAAUGGAAAUUGCC